AUGUAUUCAUGCAAAUCGACGCCCUUGGGCGCUCUUCUUGGUCUGGCAACCGUUUCACAAGGUCUUUUGAUACAACCUGCGAAUAUCCAAGCAAGCUUGCUUCAAAGUUAUGACUAUGUGAUUGUCGGUGCUGGACCAGCUGGCUUGGUACUCGCAAAUCGCCUGAGCGAGGAUACAAGUAUCAAUGUUCUUGUUCUUGAAGCCGGCCCAAUGGACUCCAGGCCUGAGAGUAUCACACUGCCAUCCGGUAUUGGAUCUCUUGUUGGAUCGCAAUAUGACUGGAACCUCACCACGGUGGCUCAGACGGCCCUGGACGGAAACACUCGUUCAUUGGCGCAAGGACACGCCGUGUCUGGGGCGACAAUUAUGAAUGGCAUGAUCUGGACGAGAGGCACUCAGGCCGACUACGAUGCAUGGGAAACGCUCGGCAACGAUGGCUGGGGAUGGGACGAUAUGCAACCAUACUUUCAAAAGGUUGAAAAAUUCACCGACAACUUGGCCAGCUCCGAAGGUCUCGAAGUCACCGUUACUCCAGACAGUUCCAUUUACGGACAGAGCGGUGCUGUUCAAGUCGGCUACUCUGAGUACUACUACAGUCAAUUUAGCAACUUCAUCGAAGGAAACAUGGAACUCGGUUUGGAUUUGGCAAACGAUACCUCGAGCGGAAGUACCAAUAUCGGUGUCACUGUUCCUCCCGUGAGCGUUGCGGCUUCUACUCAGACACGAUGUGAUGCUCGCGCCGCAUACCUUGACAGCAUUAUCGAUCGAGCGAAUCUACACAUUGCACCAGAACAGCGUGUCACGAGACUCAUUCUCAACUCUGGAGACGGUUCAACGGACCCGGUGGCCGAGGGUGUCGAGUUUGUCGGUACCUCUGGAGCCCUGAGCAUCAACGCGACUCGUGAAGUCAUCCUGGCAGCUGGUGCUGUAUGGACGCCUGCACUAAUGCAAGUCUCUGGUCUUGGUCCUACUGCAGUUCUUCAAAACCUUGGUAUUGAGACUGUUGUCGAUCUGCCUGGUGUUGGUAACAACCUUCAUGACCACGGCAUGAUUGAUCCGGACUACGCAUACUCCAACCCCGAUCUUUUCACCAAGAGCGAUCUCACUGGUGCUGCCAUGGAGACUGCCCAGGAAGAAUACAACAACAACCGAACUGGUCCCUUGACGGCAACACUUAUUGAGUCUGUUGCCUACAUGGCCCUAUCCUCCCUGUCGAGCGAUUCAGCCUCGCUGCUGAGCGGACUGUCCUCUGCGGACUCCAACACCUACCUUCCCUCCGACACACCAGACGAGGUGCGCACUGGUUACCAGGCUCAGUAUGCAGCCAUUGUCGAGUCCCUGGGUAGUGCAACUGAGGGCGUUGUCGAGAUCAUGGCAAACUCUGUCGGUACAAUCCAGGUGACUUCGCAGCGCCCCUUCUCCCGCGGAUACGUCCGCCCGGUCUCGGCCAAUCUCGUGGACGGUGUCCAAGUUGACCCGCGCUACGGUGCCCACCCCUUUGACAAGGACAUCAUCGUCAUGGGCCUAGAGUGGGUUGCCCGUCUCAUUCAGACCAGCGCCAUGCAGGAGCUGCAGCCCCAGCCAGAGGCCGCCCUCACCUCGGGCGAUCAGUCCCAACUUGAGGGUGUCGUCAACGAGCAACUCGGAACCGAAUUCCACCCCUGUGGCACGGCGGCCAUGAUGCCCCAAGACAGCGGUGGUGUUGUUGACACCAACUUGAAUGUAUACGGUGUCUCAAACUUGCGAGUUGUCAACUCGGCAAUCAUUCCUUUGAUCCCUAGUGCGCACUUGCAGGCCGUCGUCUAUGCUAUUGCAGAAAAGGCUGCCGACAUUAUCAUUGCUGCACAGCAGGACAGCACAACGACCGCCGCAACACGUGCGGAAACCACAAACCCUCUCGCUGCUGCCGUGUCAAAAGUAGCGAGCGCCCUGCCAACCCUUCCAUUGUCGUUUUAG